AUGGAGCAAAUGUACAUGAUUGAAAUAUUCGUUGACAAAGUAACAGUAUUCACUAACGAAGACAGUUCUGCUGAUAAGAAUCUUAUUAUUAAAAUAAAGUUUGGGCCCAAGUCGCAAUUUAUUAUAAAAGAAGGCCAGUUAAUCGUUAGUGAGGAGAAAAAAGAUGAUACCAUAGAAGUGACCGAAUCGGGACGAAAACAAUUUUCGAGAGUUAUAAGAGUUGGCAAAUCUUUUCUUUUUCCAUCAUACCCUGAUACUAUAAUCACUACUUUGUCCAAAUUCCCGCUCGAAAUAGAAGUUUGGAAUGACGAUGAAAACGAACCCGAAGAUAAAACUUUUGUGGGCGUUGGACUCAUGUUAUGGCAUACAAGUUUUUUCCAUUAUCUGAAGGAAACUGCAGACGCUUUUAAACUACACGAACCCUUAAGUAUUAAGGAGGUGACUACUUUAUACCAAGAAUGUUGCUGUGGAAAAGCUGGUGAGAUUACUUUCAUAUUACGAUUAAGUGCUUUAGGAGAUACAAUUAUCACUGAAUUCCAACAGCAAAUGAGUGACCCAGAUAAAUUUUGCUUUAGAACUAAUAAAGCACCAAGCAUGUUUGAAUGCAAGAGGAUUGAGGGAGAUGAUCCUAACUUCUGUAUGAUUGGUAGCCUUUAUGAAACCACUACUCUGGAAGAUCCUGAUGUCAUGGAUAAUGCACAGAAGAAAAUCGAAGUAUGUACAGAAUUACAAAGCUGUGGGAUUGCGGGCGCUGGCACUGGUAAUGUAUGUGAGCAUAGUGAAACGGAACCUGAAAAGAAACAUACUAUUGAAAAAAUUAGAAUGGGAGACAUAGUGGGCCCAUGUGGAAAUUCUAACUGUCCAUUAGCUCAUAAAGUGAGAGCGUAUAUAAGAAACCUUGACAGUUAUAAAACAAAAGCAGGUUCUCUCCCAGCAGGUGAGAAGAAAACAGAUGGCACUAAGAAGAUUUGCGGUACUUGUGGCUGCAAAGACGAUCGGUGGCAUAGAGAAGAUUGUCCCGACAAAGCAGUGCCAGAUAAAACUAAAUGUGCCGAUUGUGGUGGGCUGGCCAAGAUGGGUGAAACUUGUGAAGAUAAAAAAAAUAAGCAUUUUAAAACUGGAGCUACACCCCCUGAAAACACUCCCCCGAACACGCCAAAACAAAAUAAAACACAAGCUCAAUAUGUUACUAGUCUUCCAAACUUUGAAGACGCUAUGUUUAGAAGAGAUUAUAUUAUCCAAGAAUAUUUUGAUACAACAUUUAAUAGCGUUGAAGACAUUGCUAAAAUAACUGGUGCGAAUAAAUCUGAUAGUGUGUCUGCAUCUGCUUGUCAAUCCACUGACCGUAAGACACCUGGUGGCCCCAGUACUAGACCCACACCAAGCAAAAGUUCAACAUUCACUAUGGGAAAUAAUAACUUUUGGGUGUUCAAUAAUACAGCGACCUAUAGCGGUUGUACGGAUAUACCAGACGAUAAAGACUGUAGAUGUAACCCGCCAAAGCCAUCUCCACCUUGUAAUACCUUUGACUGCAACUGCAUAGCCGAAACAUUAAAUAAAGCUUCAAGAAAAGCACACCGGGCAUACUGUCCGCUUUACAAACAUAAGAACAAUUGUCCUGUGACUGUGACAGACGAAGAAGAACUUAAAAAGGAAGAUGAGGAAGAUGAAGCUGAACCUCUUCCGUACGGCUUGCCGCCCGUACAACUUGGUCCAUGUCCUGUGAUGGGUAGACCAUGUACUGUACCAGAUGGUUUUGCUAGAAUGUACAAGACAGCGGUACAGCCUACACACCCUCCAAGCUAUAGUGACGCAGGUAAAGUGUGCUGUUCUAAAGAAUAUCAGAGAAUAAAGAAGGCAUUAAAAGAGUACAUGCAAUACCAAAAAGAUCAUGAUUUCCGUUGUAUCAACAAAUUUAACGUAGAUACGGAAAGAAGGUGCUGUGACAAAGAGCAGGUACUGAAAGCUUUGAUGGGUAGAGAAUGCUGUGGGUCACAUAAAUUAGCUAUUCAAGAGAAGUACAAAAAAGAUGAAAAAAAGCCAAGUUAA